CUUUCAAGAUGGUAACAUUGGAUUUAUUCUGCUUGUGGAUAGGAGGCAAGACAAAUGGUCCUCCGUGAGAGCAUCACUACUACGAAUCACGGGAUCAUUCCCGGGAAAUCUUCAAUUGGUUCUCGUUCUUCGACCCUCAGGAAUCUUUCAAAGAGCUAUCUCUGACAUUGUCCUGAGAUUUAAUCGAGAUGAUUUUAAGCUAAAAGUACCUAUCAUAAUGCUGAAUUCAGUAACAGAAUUACACAGUCACAUUGACAAAACACAGCUAACCCAGGAACUUGGAGGUACACUGGAAUAUUCCCACAGUCAGUGGUUAUAUCAUCGGACGGGUAUUGAAAAUUUUGCUGUAAUGGUAAAAGAAACUGCACAAAUGCUACAGGCCUUUGGAACAGAGUUGGCUGAAACUGAUCUGCCAAAUGAUGUGACAACAACUUUGGGUCUUAUGACAACGCACACCCAAAAGCGAGAUAGGAUGAAGGAUGAUCUAAAUCAGGCACGCAGACAUGGCUCCACCCUCCUCUCCAGUAUCCAGGAACCAGUUGACACGAAUCCAGAUCAUAAAUUGAACGCAGAUGAGUUGGAUCAUCAGACCACCGUGGAAAGGUUGCUUGCUCAAUUGAAUGAAACUGAAAUAGCCUUUGAUGAAUUUUGGAAUAAGCACCAGCUGAAGCUCAAACAAUGCCUCCAAUUUCGACACUUUGAGCAAGAUUUCCGAGAG